CUGCGCGCCGCCCCGUAUCUGUCCGAGUGCAGGAAGCCGCGGCGCCUCGUGCCGGGGAGCCAUCGCUGCAGCCCGAGGCCAGAUCCCGGGUCGGGGGCUGCCGGGGGAGGCGACGGCGGCGGCGGCGGGAGCUCCACCGGGGACCUGGGACUGGGGAACUGCCUCCGGCUUCACGAUGCCACUAUGGACAGAAUAGCUUAUGAUGCUUAUCCCCACCCACCACUUCCGAGACAUUGAGCGGAAGCCAGAAUACCUCCAGCCGGAGAAGUGCAUCCCACCUCCCCACACCAGUCCUGUGGGAACCAUGUGGUUUAUCCGCGACGGCUGUGGCAUUGCCUGUGCCAUUGUCACCUGGUUUCUGGUCCUCUAUGCGGAGUUUGUGGUCCUCUUUGUUAUGUUGAUUCCAUCCCGAGACUACGUGUACAGCAUCAUCAACGGAAUUGUGUUCAACCUGCUGGCCUUCUUGGCCCUGGCUUCCCAUUGCCGGGCCAUGCUGACGGACCCCGGGGCAGUGCCCAAAGGAAAUGCCACUAAAGAGUUCAUCGAGAGUUUACAGCUGAAGCCUGGACAGGUGGUGUACAAGUGUCCCAAGUGCUGCAGCAUCAAGCCCGACCGUGCCCACCACUGCAGUGUUUGUAAGCGGUGCAUUCGGAAGAUGGACCACCACUGUCCCUGGGUCAAUAACUGUGUUGGCGAGAACAACCAGAAGUACUUCGUCCUGUUUACAAUGUACAUAGCUCUCAUUUCCUUGCACGCGCUCAUCAUGGUGGGAUUCCACUUCCUGCAUUGCUUUGAAGAAGACUGGACAAAUCUCCUGCAAGGCUAUCGACUGACCAGGAAAGAAACAGCAGAGGCCCGAAUCUCUCUUCAGGAAAAAAAGCCACCCCUUAAAGUCAGUUCCACAGAGUGCAGCUCCUUCUCACCACCCACCACCGUGAUCCUCCUUAUCCUGCUGUGCUUUGAGGGGCUGCUCUUCCUCAUUUUCACAUCGGUGAUGUUUGGCACCCAGGUGCACUCCAUCUGCACAGAUGAGACGGGAAUAGAACAAUUGAAAAAGGAAGAGAGAAGAUGGGCUAAAAAAACAAAAUGGAUGAACAUGAAAGCCGUUUUUGGCCACCCCUUCUCUCUAGGCUGGGCCAGCCCCUUUGCCACGCCAGACCAAGGGAAGGCAGACCCGUACCAGUAUGUGGUCUGAAGGAUCCCUGACCAGCAUUGCCACUCAGACACAAACCACAUCACAGCACUACCGUCCGAUCCAUUCUCAUGAAUGUUUAAACCGAAAAAGCAAAACAACUACUCUAAAACUUUUUUUUUAUGUCUCAAGUAUAAAAUGGCUAAGCAUUGCAGAGAAAAAAAAAUGUUCCCAUGUUUUAUUUUUAAGAGAUCAUCCUUUAUAUUUUUUGGUGACUGAAGCUGCUCUUCUUUUUUCCUUUUUAAAAUCACUUCUCUGGCCUCUGGUUUCCUCUCUGCUGUCUGUCUGGCAUGACUAAUGUGGAGGGUGCUGUCUCCAGCCAUGCCCACUUCUACUAACUGAGUGAGAUGUGACGCUGGUGCAUGGAUGGACCGUCCGGACCCCUGGUUGGGAAUGCAUAGGAGAGCCAGGAGGGCCCAUGACCUCCCACUGCCCACGAGGCAGUGGCGGGUGCCCUGAUGGGACUUAAAACCUCACUGAAGAUGGAUGCUUACCCCUUGAGGCCUGAGAGGGGCAGGAUCAGGGCUGGAGCCUUCAGAAGGGCCCUUGACACAGCGGCCUCAUCCCGCACGUGGACACAGUUUGCCUCCUAAUUCACAAAAUCAAUUGCCUGCCUUGUACUUUAUGGGCUCGGGUGCGUAGAAUGAUUUUAAGGGGGGUGGGGAGAGAGAUGAAAGGGGUCUUAUUUGUAUUCUGAAUCACUAAUUAUAUUCCCUCUGAUUAUGUGGAAGACUGUGAAGGAAAAAGACGUUUUUCCAGUUCAAAAUGCCUUACACAAUCAAAAAAAAAUUCCAAAUUUUAGGCGAGCUGCAUUUUCCUUUGUUACAUCUGCUCACCCUCCUGCCACCUCAGCUCCCGCGCUCCCCGAGCGAGAUGUCAGUCAGUCAGUGUUAAUGCUGAGUGAGACAGCCACGGUCCCCAGCGCCACCAUCAGCCUCUGCUUCCUCGCUUUGUAAAUCUCUGAAGUGGGUUCACAAUGACGUUUUAGACCCAUAAAUGGGCACAUACCCAUGUCUUACAAUAUUUUAACCUGGGAGACUAUUGUCCUGGCACGGGGCUGGCAGUGAUGCGAGAGCAACAUUGUAGCCCCCAAACUUUUCACAGUUGCUAGACAGCCUUCACUGCAGUCAGCUGAUUCACGGGAGCUGGGGCCUGGCACUGAGAAGCUCUUCCGUUUGGAGGCGCCUGCUGUGUCAGUCUCAUUUGCAAAAGGAAAGCCUGAAGAUAGCAGGGGAGGUGAGGAGACAGAGAGUGCCCUCACAUGCAAAAGUCACGGAAAUUUGAAUACUGACCAUCUGUGAAUUCUCACACAUGGAUUUUUUUUAAGUGAUCAUCACCACAAAUCUCCUUUUUUAGCUUUUGCUUGGGGUGGGGGUGGGGGGUAAGGUUUAUUAAAUCCAGUCCUGGAUAGGGAGAAAGUUAAUCUAGCCAUGUGAUUUUUCAGAAAAGUAAGCGAAACAUGCUGCCUCUUUUCAAUUCUGUCAGUGCUUCCACAUGGAAACAAAAUGCAAUAAAAUUUUUCCAAACCCUGUUCUGAUUGAGCUCUGCUCUCUCACAGUGUUACCUGCGGGGAGAGCCGAUGGUCUGGUCAACCCAAGUUUGCUGUUUGUUUCUUUGCUUUUAAAGGACAUUUAUUUAUGCUCCCUCCCUUGAAUGAGGUGUUUAUUGUGUCUUUAAAGGACCUUUAUGGUCCCCUCUUGAGCAAGCUUGCCCUACCAGGCCCCUGUCCUUUGGCUUUCUGCAGCCUGAGUUCCUUCCCUUGUGCUCCUGGGCUCUCCGUUGCUACAGGAAGGUCAUGAAGUCUGCCAAGUUUGCCUCUGGGGUUGGACAUAGGGGAGAGCCCCAUUUUCUUCUGCCCACCCAGCAGGAACCAAAGUCAAACCAGAGGAAAUUGCGAAAACCUCCACACGCAGUUCUGGUGCGCUGUUUUGAGGGGUUCUCCAUCAUCCUUUUGAUGUUUAACCAAAGAACUCUACGAGCUUUUCUGAGUCAAUUAACCUUGACUUGCCUCUACGGUACUAUUUAUGCUAUAGUCAAGGCUGAGAUCUGAACUUGUUUUUAAAUGCUGUUUUUAAAUCGAGUUUAUAGCGUUUGUUUUCCACAUUCUUUUUUUUUUUAAACAGUUCACUUAGGUGUAUGAAAGAAGUGUGGCUAAGUGACUCGACAGCAGUUGAGAAGGCUCUGGCCCUGGUCCCACCCCUCAGGGAUCCAUCCCUUGGGAGGCAGUGUUGCCGCGCUGUCCUCCUCCCAGGGGACGGAGACUGGGACUCGGAAUAUUUUUUAAGUAUUCGGAUGCCCUCAAAGUACUCCAUCUUCAAGGGCUUUUUUUUAAACGACCCAGAUUGGGUUUUCCCUCAUGGAAUUUCUAAGGAAUGCAGUAGUUAGAGCUGAAGAUGUGUUGACUUUUUCUUGAAUCCUAAAAAUAGAAAGUCAUCAUUUAAACGUGAGCAUACUAUGGAUAUCUCCCAGAGAUGCAGGCUCCUUCCGACAUCCUGUAUGAUUCUCCCUCUGGGUUUUUACAAGCCCUUUGGUUGAACGAAUGAAUGAAUGUUCCCCAGCUCUCAAGCCAGAGUGAAAUGUGACUCCAAGAUUCCCUGUGUUUUUCCUAUUUCAUUUUCCUUAAGAUCAAAAACAUUUUUCAGAGAGCUCACUGACUAAGGAGCAUGACUGUCCUUUGCAGUGUAGUGAUUGGUCUCCAGCCUGGUGCCCACGCGGGAAGAAAUAGACAUUCCUGAGCUCCACUCAGUAUCCCCAGAUGACUCAUGAAAGAGGACACCCCUCCACACAAACGCGGCCCCAGCUUUUUGCUCUGGCACAGGAGUUCUGACAGCACUGAAUGGUGCACAUAUGGGAAAUAAGCCAGUAGUGGCCAUAGGGUUCAGAACCUGGGCUCUGGAAAGCGUAAGGGAAAAAUAAAGAGGAAGGUGACACGGCGAGUUGGGUUCGUGACUCUUUCCUGAAGCCUGUCAGCUUCAGCUUUGUGUUAAUAGCAACCACAUGGAACAUGCAAAAGGCCUCGGGCCAAACAAAUCGAUGCCUAUUUGCAUGGGCUUGGUGGCGUCGUGUGCACAAAGAGAAUUUGGGUACAAGUGCAUGUGCCAAGUCUCCUCUUAGUCAUACCAUUUCAUCUUUCUAAUACUUUUUUCUUGGAAGAACCCAAAGUGAGAUGCCUUGAAUUACCAGCUUUGCUCAUUCUGGCUAGACUGCUUGGAAGGAUAAAAAUCCAUCUUCUUGAUGCAGGAAUCUUUCAGAUGAGGUAGAUUAAGAAAUGUUUAUUAACCACCUAUGCGAGGUCAGAAUCACACAGAAACCCCAGAUCUGGGAGCCUGCAUUGGGCUCUCCCAGCCAGCUAACGGGUUUUAAGUUUCUCUCAUUUUAAGACCUGUAGUGCAUCAGCCUGUGGGGUGAGCCAGCCAGGGGUGUCAGCCUAGAAGAGGCCCUUAAAUACCAAAGAAAUGAGAAGAGAGGAAGAUUUUGCUGGAAUCCCUCUCAAGAACCUUGCUGGCGAUGCGCUGAGGCAGUGCAUCUCAAUGCGUGGCCCCUAGACCAGCAGCAUCAGCGUCACCUGGGAGCUUGUCAGAAAAGCACGUUCUUGGGCUCCACCCCAGACCUGCUGAAUCAGAAACUCAGAGGGUGGGGCCCAGCAAGCUGGAUUUUAAUAGCCCUCCAGGGGAUUCUGACAUAUGCGCGUCUGAGAAUCCACUUGGGGUGUGCCGGGGUUGCCCCACCGGGGCUCCCUGAUGCCUGCAGAUGAUUGGCCCCGUGUGCUGCUGGGCUCAGUGUGGUGCUCGGUAGGGGGUGCCGACUGAGUCCUCUUCCCUCAACCCACAGCCUCCCCAACAUGAAUGCUGAGAAAACAAGGGAAGUCUGCUUUGUGAAAGGGAGCCAAAUUAUUAGUCUGUCCAACAGUCUUCCUGCAAAUCUCAUCUGUCCAACUGGUUUCUGGACCGAGGGGCCCUUUGGGCAGAGAACCGUCCAGAAGGCAGAGGGGAAAGAGUGGAGCUGGGGUCCUCUAAAUGGGAGUGGUGGCUAGUGAGGAAUUAGAGCCUGGGACAGACACAUGCACAUGUCCUGGCCUUUGGUGUCCAUCUGUGGGCCUCAACACCCACAUGGCUUUUUCUUAAAUCUUCUAAAUACACAUCUGACCUGAGAAUCACC